CGACCAAAAAUACACUCCUUUCUUAACCCUAUCAUCUUUUCCGCCACUCCAAUCUCAUGAAACCAAUCAAAUCUAGGGUUUCAUCUCCGAUCUCGAACAGCAACAAUUAUUUCUUCUGCACGCAAUCCUGAAACCUCACCGCCGCUAUGGCGGACUCAGUUGCCGAUCCCGGCGGACCUGAACCACCUCCGCCGGAUUCAUCGGCGGUUGCGGACCUAGACGCCACCAUGAGCCGGUUAACGCUAUCUAAAAAGCGAGACGAUAACUGUCACAACUCCGAUUCAACUACAACUACUGUAUUUGUUACUGAUAAUACUCGUUCUUCUUCGGAGGUUUCUGCUGAUUGUUCAGCUCCGGUUAGGUCUUCAUCUGGCGGUGCGCUGGAUGAUUUGGUGAAUUCUGUUGAUCAGUUUCUUCGUGAUGCGUUACGAAACCCUAGGGAGCGCCUUUCAGUACUACGCAUGGAGCAGGAUGUGGAGAAGUUCAUUGCUGAUCCUUUGCAACAACAAAUGGAGUUCCAGCAGUUGCCCACCUCAUACCUGCGGUUAGCAGCACACCGUGUGGCUCAACACUAUUCACUCCAUUCCAUGGUUUUAUUAGACAACACCCUUCCUGACGCUUCUGGUUCUCGAAUCAUUAUUCGUAAGACUUCCGAAUCUCAGCGCCCUUUAAUCCGUUUAGCGGACAUCCCUGUUAACAUACCCACAGAGGACAACCUUAACAACAACGUUGUCAAGGUUGCAAUCAAACAAAGGCAAAAUAAACGAUCACAGGCCAACAGUGGACCAAACUCAAAUUCCUUAAAAGACAACAGUUUAAAGAGUGUAGAGGAGAGAAAAGAAGAAUAUAAUCGAGCACGUGCAAGAAUAUUUAGCUCUACCUCAAGCUCUAGUGAAACAAGGACGCUAGAAGUAUCCCAUCCUAAUAAUAGUUCGUUAACAACGUCAAAAGUAGAAGUAUCUGUUCCUGAUGUCAGCAGUUCAGUCGAUUCUUCUGCAGGAAGCAGUAGAUCAGGUAGAACUAGAACAGAAAAAGAGCCAGUUGCUAGGUCAAGGAGUAAUAGUAGAGUGGCUAUCUUUCGUGAUCGUGAAGUAGAGCAGAAGGAUCCGGAUUAUGACAGAAACUAUGACAGAUAUGCACAACGAUUUGAUCCAGGGUUUGCGUUUAACGGAGGCUCAUAUCCUAUACAACCGAUGUACACACCAGUCGUGAACUACAAUACUGAAUUUCCUCAGCUCAGUUCAGUCCAUAGGUCUUUUAUCUCUACCGAACACCAACCGCGUGCACUUCCCCAACAUUUACCUGGUCCAUGGGUCCCACCUGCAGGAAUAGGCUACAGGCCUCUAGAUGCAAUGGUUGCUCCAUUUAGUCCCAAUCAUAUGGGCCCACAUUCAGCUUCCACCCUCUAUAUGCAGUAUCCAUGUCAGCGGCCUAUGAUGACAUUCAUUCAUCCCUGUGAACAGGUUCAUCAACAUUAUGCACAGUCUCAGCAACAAUUUGAUGCAAGUUUUGGAUUAGCCCGGCCCCGGUGAGGGACGUGGGCCAUGCCUGCACCUAGCUAGAGCUAUUGAAUUGUCAUGCUUUAUCUGAGCUGGCAGAGGUGCAGGCAUAACCUACUGAGAUUGGAUGAGAUGGACAUUAGUAUCUUGGAUUUAACUUUUUGGUCCGUUUCAUCAAUCUCGAUCUUGAUAGCUUUAUAGUUAUAUGGUGAAGCUCAUUGGUCCCAACAAUGAUGUUGAGUUGAUCCAUAAGUGCUUGACAAGAAAGGUUGGAUAAAAAAGAAAAGACUAUCGGAGCUGCAAAUGUGCGCGUAUUUUUCUAGCCAAUCCCCACAAAGCAUAGAAGGGAGAAGUGCGCAUGUUUGGGUUGUGUAUACUUUUUGGCUGGUGAAUUUCCGCAAAAAAAGCUCCUAUCAUGUCACUCUUUUGUUGGGUGAAUAGAAGAAGAAAAUGGCAUAAACACGAAGUGGAUUCGAAUGUUGUGAAGUUUGAAACUCAUAUGCAAUGCUUGUCACUGCUUAUGGUUUUUGGUAGAACUACAAGCUCUGCAUCAUGGAUGAUGGCUUGAAGACCGUGCUCACAAAGGCCCGGGACCAUGUCUUGGUUUGAUCGUUAUUAAACCAAACUGAACCAGAUGGGAAAGUAUUUCUGUUCAGGUGAACUUUUUUUGGGUACCCAUGAGAACUUCUUAUCGGAUAACUCACGGAACCCGUCAAUGCCCUGCUAGGGAUCAAGUUUGUUAAUAAUUGGAAGCAAGUUUCAAAGACCUCUUGCUAGAGGGUAAUCACGUGCUUACCGCGGCACUGCUCCUUGAAGGUUAUCUGCAACCUUGUUAACAGUGUUAAAAGAUAUUUAAGUUGUUUCAAAAUGUCCCAAACUAGGGAAGAUUGGUAUAGGCUUCUCCAAUCACUUUCUAAGUCGCCAAUGGUUGUUAUUUUGCAUUUGUUUUGCUCUAGAAAGUCUAGAUGGGUAGGGUGUCUUACAUUCAGUUCUGUUCUUGGAAUUAAAUCGUUGUAGAACUCAACUCGUAUCUUCAGUGGUGUUCUGGGAAAUGCUUUUGUUUGAUAUUUUUUCGUUUU